AAACUGUAGAGCAGUUUAUCUAAAUCUCUUGCAAGAACACCCAACAACUGUAAUAACGACCAAUGUUAUCUCUUACACAAAAUCUCUCUCCUCUCUCUUCACCACCACUUCAAUCUCAAAAACAACUUCAAAAUCCCAACUCCACACUCAACUUCACCAAGAAAUCUCCCUCCCCAGCAUCAUGGAUCGAGUCUCUCCGCUCUCUAACACGUUCAAAUCAGUUUCAACAAGCUCUGUACACUUAUAAUGAUAUGAUAAUGGCUGGUGUUGUGCCCAACAACUUCGCGUUCCCGGCUGUUUUGAAGGCUGUUACUGGGCUAGAGGAUGUGAGAGUUGGGAGGCAGAUUCAAGGGAGUGUUGUUAAGCUUGGGUAUGAUUCGAGUUCGGUGACGGUGGCUAAUAGUUUGUUGAAUUUGUAUGGGAAGUGUGGGGACGCGGGGGAUGUUUACAAGGUGUUUGAUAGAAUGCCUGAGAGAGAUCAGGUGUCGUGGAACUCGAUGAUUGCGGCAUUGUGUAGGUUUGGGGAAUGGGUGUUGGCGUUGGAGUUUUUUAGGGUGAUGCAGGUGGAGGGAGUGGAGCCGAGCUCGUUUACGUUGGUGAGUGUGGCGCUGGCGUGCUCGAAUUUGGAGAAGCGGGAAGGGUUGGUACUUGGGAAGCAAGUGCAUGGGUUUAGUUUGAGGGUUGGGGGAAUGAAGACGUUUACGAAUAAUGCAUUGAUGAAAAUGUAUGCUAAGUUGGGGGAAGUUGAUGGUUCUAGGUAUAUGUUUGAGUUGUUUGAGGGUCGUGAUAUGGUGUCUUGGAACACUAUGAUAAGUGCUUUGUCGCAAAGUGAUCGGUUUUCUGAGGCGAUGGCGUACUUUAAGCUUAUGUUGCAUGAAGGGAUUAAGCCUGAUGGGGUUACAAUUGCAAGCAUUCUUCCUGCAUGCUCGCAUUUGGAGUUGUUAGAUGUCGGGAAAAGAAUUCAUGCUUUUGUGUUGAGAAAUGAUGAUUUGGUUAAUAAUUCUUAUGUGGGAAGUGCUUUAGUUGACAUGUACUGCAAUUGCCGGCAAGUUGAAAGCGGGCGCAGAGUUUUUGAUGGUAUUGUAGAUAGAAAACUUGCUCUUUGGAAUGCUAUGCUUGCUGGUUAUGCACAAAAGGGGUUUUACAAGAAUGCUUUAAUACUGUUUCAGGAAAUGAUGGAGUUUUCAGGACUUUUUCCAUGCCCCACCUCAAUGGUAAGUGUCUUGCCUUCUUGCGUGCACUAUGAAGCAUUUUCAGACAGGGAAGGAAUGCAUGGGUAUGUGCUGAAGAUGGGUUUCGGUAGGGACAGGUAUGUCCAGAAUGCACUUAUGGACCUGUACUCUAGGAUGGGAAAGAUAGACAUCUCAAAGAAAAUAUUUGAGAGUAUGGAUGUUAGAGACAUUGUUUCUUGGAAUACAAUGAUCACUGGUUACGUAGUUUGUGGACUCCAUGAAGCGGCAUUAAUUUUACUUCAUGAAAUGCAACACACAGAAGAAGAAAAUCAGAAACUUGAUGGUUAUGUUGAAAGAAGAUUAUCCUGUAAACCUAAUUCUAUUACUCUCAUGACUAUCCUUCCUGGUUGUGCUGCUUUAGCUGCACUGGCAAAAGGAAAGGAAAUCCAUGCUUAUGCAAUAAGAAAUGCGCUGAGUUCAGAUGUCACAGUAGGAAGCGCUUUGGUAGACAUGUAUGCUAAAUGUGGUUGCCUGAGUUUAGCUAGAAGAGUUUUCGACGACAUGAGAGUUAGAAAUGUGAUCACAUGGAAUGUUAUGAUUAUGGCUUAUGGGAUGCACGGAAAGGGAAAGCAAGCUUUAGAACUUUUUAAUAAAAUGUCUCUCAAAGGCGCUGUGGGUGAGGAAGUAAAGCCUAACGAGGUUACGUGGAUAGCGGUAUUUUCAGCAUGUAGUCACUCUGGAAUGGUAAAUGAAGGCUGGAAUCUGUUUCAGAGAUUGAAAUCGGACUAUGAAAUGGAACCCACAUCCGAUCAUUAUGCUUGUGUUGUUGAUUUGCUUGGCCGAGCAGGUCAAUUGGAGGAAGCUUAUGAACUUGUCAACACAAUGCCUCUUCAUUACGACAGAGCAGGUGCAUGGAGCAGUCUGCUUGGUGCUUGCCGGAUUCACAAAAAUGUAGAACUUGGAGAAAUUGCAGCCAAUAGUCUCCUUAAAUUGGAGCCAAAUGUGGCUAGUCACUAUGUUCUACUCUCUAAUAUCUACUCAUCUGCCGGUCUCUGGGAGAAAGCAACGGAGGUGAGAAAGAAGAUGAUGAACAUGGGAGUAAGAAAAGAACCUGGGUGCAGCUGGAUUGAGUUUGAGGAUGAGGUACAUAAGUUCAUUGCUGGGGAUGGAUCACAUCCUCAAAGCAAGCAGCUCCAUGAGUUCCUUGAAACCUUGUCAGAUAAAUUGAAAAAGGGAGGUUACGUGCCUGAUACUUCUUGUGUUCUUCACAAUGUUAAUGAGGACGAAAAGGAGAAUUUAUUAUGCAGCCAUAGCGAGAGACUAGCGAUAGCCUUUGGUCUUCUCAACAGUCCUCCUGGAACCACCAUUAGAGUUGCAAAGAACCUGAGGGUUUGUAAUGAUUGCCAUGCUGCUACUAAGAUUAUCUCAAAAGUAGUUGAGAGGGAGAUUGUUGUACGAGAUGUUAGGCGAUUUCACUAUUUCAAAGAUGGAACUUGUUCGUGUGGGGAUUAUUGGUGAUCACUUGGGAUGUCCCUGAAACCCUCCCUUGUUUUCAUAUGGACAUUGAGAUCCAAUUGUGGAAGUUCUAAUCCAGCUAUGUUUGACCAUGAUUAAGAGUUUUCGAGCGCUCUGAUUUUUUCACUCACUUUACCUCGGUUCCCAGAAGUUUUUUAUAAAUCAAAUCUGUUAGCCGAGGCUAAUAUAGUGAUAACUAUGUGCAUCUCAUAAACGGAAGGAAUGAUUCUGGACAUUGACUCUUCUUGGACUUAUUCAUCAAUAAGAGGUCUAUAUAGUAGAGGCAAGGUUUUCGGUCCUGUUAGUACUGACUACGUUGUCGCGUUAAUUGUGGAGGAUGUUGAUGAAUGCAUGCUUUGGGUGACUCUGACAAAGAUCCCACAUCGAUAUAAUGGAUGUGAAAACAUUUCUCCCAGUGUAUUAAUAUGGAGAUGCUGCCAACCUUUAAACAUACUUACCUGGAUGGGGUCAAUGGAUGAUCAAGAAGGUCCAUGGCCUAGGCUAGUGACCUCCAUUGCACUCUGGAGGGGUGCUAGCCUAAGAUCUACCCAAGUGGUGGAGUCUACAUCAUAAUUUGUGACAGGGGGACUUGCGUUCGCGCAGUCCCCACAA